UAAAAAUUCCUUUUACAAAUCACUGGCACCCUAAUAAGUCAUUCUAACAUGGAAUUAAAUUUUAAUUUAAUAAUGAUUCAAUUCUUCCAUGCUCCUAAAUCUACUGCCAGUGAAGAACCAGCAAACGCAGCCAUGAGAAUCAGAGAAUGAAGAAAAGCCACCUCGUUUUUGAUCUAUAAAUGGAUCGUUGGAGUGGAAUUUUGAGAGUCCCUUUGCAUCCUAAUAGGAGGACAUACCAUAGAGUUGGUGCAUCUCUCUGCCUUUCGCCUGGAACGAGAACACUGAGUGUACCUAUAGCAAAUGCUAUCUUUUUUUGUGGUGAUCGAGUUGAAGGGACUGGUAACCCAGUGAUUGAGAGGCUAUCAGAUUUACAGAAACUAUCUGAAAUUGUGGUGUCCAAAUUUGGUUCUUUCAUCAAUGCUUGGGUUAUUGAAGCUUCUGAUUUUAAUGGACCUUUCGCUAUCUAUAAGGACUUCAUACCAUCUGUGAAUCAAUAUGGAGAACCAAGGUCAUACCUUCCGAUUGGAUUCCCAGCUUCUACAUCAACCGUCUCACUCUUAUCUAAUUGUCUUAAAGAAGUUUUAUUGCUAGGUUUGGAUAUUCUAUUGAAUACACAGUCUGGCUGCACUCCUUCCUCCUGUUUCUAUCCACCCAAGACAUUCAUCAUUGGAUUUAGCAAAGGUGGAACUGUGCUUAACCAGAUAGUUACUGAGCUUGGCUUCUCAGAUAUUGGAUCUAAUCUGAAUUCACCCAAUGUGGGAUCUAAGGGGUUUUAUAUAGUACCUAAAACAAAGGAAAGCUUACUGAACAGCAUCACUGAGAUUCAUUAUGUUGAUGUUGGUUUGAACUCUCCUGGUGCUUACUUAACUAACCAUGAUGUGUUUGAGAGAAUCUCCAAGAGGCUCAUACAAGGAGCUCCUCAACUCCGUUUUAUCCUUCAUGGAACUCCGAGACAAUGGAGUGACAAACGGCGAGACUGGAUUCGGAACGAAAAGGACAAAAUGCUGCAUCUGCUUGAAUCUGAAGCCCACAAGAGUGAGGGAAAAUUAGAAGUGUGUGCAAGGUAUUAUUUUGCUGAUAAGCCUCCAGAUAUGCAGAUGCACUUUGAAAUAAUUGAAAGUUUAGACGUAAGUUAAUACUUCUUUAUACUUGAUAGGGCAGGUCCUCUGGAAAAUGUCUUACUUAUCAGGAUGAUUGUAAAUAGUGUACUGCUGGAAUAUUCCAAAAAGGAAAAGUGAAUGUGACUUUCUCUUAUCUAAGCUUGAAGAUUAUUCAAAUCUCACUAGACGUGUCAAAAGCAACAUGAAGUGAAUAUGUAAAUUUGGGUGUAAGAACAA